UUUUCCAUUGGGUCAGAUUGGCAGACACCCGGGGGUUGCCUUCCUCUGCAGCAUGGGGCAUGGUUCAUUUGCAACUUUAAACUAGUGUAGAUGGUGGAUUCUCUGUAACUUGAAGUCUUGAAACCAUUAUUUGAGGACUGCAAUAACUCAGCCAGUGGUUAUGGAUCUAUUACAGGAGUGGGUGGGUGAGGUUCUGUGGCCUGUGAUGUGCAGGAGGUCAGACUAGAUGAUCACGAUGGGCCCUUCUGGCCUUUCUAUGAAUCUGUUCAGGUCACAUUUUCAAGCUUUUAUCUGCAACGAGGGCUAGAAACUUGCCUUUGUUUCAAAUAAAGCUGCACGUCUCACACAUUCACAUGUCUCCUGGAGAUGGGGCUUUAAGGAAAACAUCAAAUAUUGUGAGACUUGCAAUAAAAUCACCAGAGUUGUCAACAAAGGGGAAUUAUUUAUAUUUACUUGGUAAGAUGACAUCAGCGCAAACAGUUUCACAAGCUCUGAGUUUUAUUUGGGAUUUUGUUUUAAAUGGGUUUGUUUUUCUAGGUAGGCAAAAAGGAAGGGAGUGAAAUUCAUAGAGUUCUUGGUCCUUCAGUUUCCAGACAGAAUCAGGAUGUGUUGUAGGUGGUGGAGAUCUUAAUAAAGGAUGGAGUUCCAGCCAUCUGAUGUGUCCUGACUAUCUGAUUGCCCGUGGAGUCAUUUGUCUUUCUGCUCCCACUGCACUCCCUGCCUGAGUAGACUGUCAAACUCCCAGCUGUUAUGCUGUUACCUGACACUAAUUGCAUAUGUUUAGAUAUUAAGCUGGGCUGGGAAUGCUCAGGGUCUGGAUGGAUGCCAGAGAAGGCUGUGAAAGCCACAGGGGGUGGUGACUUGGGGCAGUGAUCCAUUCUUAGAUCAGCAAAUUAACAACCUGCUCCUGGCACUCCAGCUGUUGACCUGUGUUUCCCAAGACAGGAAAGCGAAAGCUAACUCAGCUCUACUCCCGGGAGGCACCUUGGCUGCCAUGAACCCUGCCCUGCGCCGCCAGCAUGGGGUUGUUUGUUCGAGCUGCCAGGGCCCCUAUAAGAUCCCGGUGACCUUUAAAGGGUGCAAGCACAAGUUCUGCCGCUUCUGUGUCACCCCCUUCAAGGGGGAGUCGGGCACAGCCACCUCCUGCCCCCUGUGUCACAAGGCCCCUAGGCACGGAGAGGACAAGCCCCAGGGGCAGCCAGGCAGUGGGGCAGAUGAAGCUGAAAAAAUCAGUCUGGAAGUGGGCGAAGAGCCUGAGGUGGAGCGGGAGUGCGGGGAACACCAGGCGGUUCUGGACCUGUUCUGCACAGAGGAUCAAACCCCGAUCUGCAUGAGCUGCAGGGACUCCCAGGCUCACUGCGCUCACACUGUGGUUCCCAUUGAGGAGGCUGCCCAGGAGUACAAGAGGAAGCUGCAGACAGCAGUGGAGCUCCUGAAAAUGCAGAUGGAGGAAGCUUGGGAGCUGAAAUACCAGGAGGGAAAGAAGACAGCUGACUGGAAGGAGAGGACGCACUAUCAGAGAAUGUGCAUUGAGUUUGAAUUUGAGAAGCUGCACGAGUUCCUGAAUGAGGAAGAGGAGCAGCUGCUGCGGAAACUGAGGAAGGAGGAGAAAGAGACCCUGAAGAAGCUGCAUGGGAAUAUAAUAAAGCUCUCAGAACAGUGCUUCUCCCUGCAGAAGCUGAUCACGGAGAUAGAGGAGAAGUGUCAGCAACCAGCUGCCGCGUUGCUGAAGGAUGUGAAAGACACAUUAACCAGGAGUGAAAAUAUUCAAGUGCAGGAACCUGAAGCUGUGUUUACUGAACUGAAGAACAUAUACAACAUUCCUAACAUUGAUAUUAUUGACAUUCUAAGGAAAUUCAAAGUGGAUGUGAUUCUCGACCCAGACACAGCUCACCCCAACCUCAUCCUGUCUGAGGACAGGAGAAGCGUGACACAUGGAGGCACGCGACAGGAGCUGCCCAGCAAUCCCGAGCGAUUUGAUCCUUAUAUCAUAGUGCUGGGCUCCAGGAGGUUCACGUCAGGGAAGUGUUACUGGGAGGUGGAGGUGGGCGACAAGGUGGAGUGGGACGUGGGGGUGUGCAGAGAAUCUGUGGGCAGGAAGGGGCAGGUUAUAUUGUCUCCUAGCAACGGAUUCUGGAGAGUUUGGUUGAGGAAUGGAGAUAAGUACAAGGCCCUGAUCUCCCACCCAACCCCCCUCACUGUCAGCGUGCGGCCCAGCCGGGUGGGGAUUUUCCUAGACUACAAGGCUGGCGAGAUCUCGUUUUACAAUGUGACAGACAGGACCCAUCUGUAUUCAUACAGCGGAGCCUUCUAUGGGGUUCUGCGGCCUUUCUUCAGCCCCGGCCUCCAUCGGGGAGGUGAAAACACUGCUCCGCUGACAAUCUGCUCAAAGUCUCUGGACUAGCUCCAAUAGGAAUCAAAAACACACACAUGGAAGGAGCACCAAGUCAAAAAACUUCCCCCUCCACCAGUACCUCCCCCCACUCACAUGCUCUCCUCCUGCUGGGGCUCUGAUCUGGCUCCAUGGGGAAGGGGCCAUUGCAGUGGUGAGGAAUGCAGGAGUAGAUUUGGUCCCAUUUGGCAGGAGAUGGUGAAGUGGGAUACAGACUAUGUUGAUUACCCAAGGGAUUUCUGGGGGAGGAAAGUAGCCAUGAAAAAAUAUGUAGCAAAAUGACAACUCAUUUGGCUAACUUUUAGAAAAAGUGACUAAUAAUAAUAAUAAAAAAAAGUUGGUGACAAUUUUACCCUCUUUUUUUAAAUCACAAGUUUUAUUCAGUGUUUUUCACCAAAAUGUUGACAUUUGAAGCAGUUUUGACCAGCUCCAUACGUGGCUGAAAAACACAGGCUGUGGGGAAUUCAGGAAAAUGUUGUCAAAUUCCCCCCCUUUUUUUUCUUAAAUCAAACAUUUGAAUUUUUCAUUGCAGUUUCAAAAGCGGCUCUCGUGAUCAGUGAUUUCUGGGGUGCCUUAAAGCAGCCACACUGUUUUCAGAGGGAGGUUAGCUGAGCAGCCCCUUUCCUGGUGUCUGAAUUGGGGCACUCAAAACCAAAGGUACUGAAAUUUUAGGCACUGAUCCUGCAAACACUUAAACACAUGCUUAACUUUGUGCAAGUAAGUAAUGACAUUAGUGAGUCCUGCAGGUAACUUCAGUGGGACUGCUUACAUGUGCAGAGUUAAAAAUCAUGCAGUUGUAGAGACAGGGACUUAGGCUGCUAAAAUUGAAUGAUAAGAUAAUGACAGUGAAUGAUGCUAGGAACACAGGGAAAAUGCCACACAAUGAACCCUAAAAUUAUUGUUUUCCUUGAUUCUGCUGCUGAAGAGACCAAAAAAAAAAAAAAAAAAAAUCCAAAAGCUGCCUUUAAUGGCAUAACAUUAGAUCUUACAUAUGUGUAUGAAGCUACCUUUGCUUAGGAGCUGGCACAUUCCACAAGAUUUUGCAAGGGAUCUGCAGAUGUGUCUAACUUCAAAACCUAAAACUACAGCUGAUCAAAAAUAAGAGCUAUUCAAACAGUUUUCAGAAUGGAUUCCCAUUAAAUUUCAGUGGGAAUUGUGUAGCUAAAUCCCAACUGUGCUUUAAAAAAUCUCAAAUAUUGUUUUCUAGAGGUACAAACUUGUUCAGCACUGAAACUGAAGUUUCAUCACUUAAAUUUAUUUAAAUCUUCCACCAUUUAAAACUUGCACUACUCAGGUUUCUGGAGUAACAGCAUGCUCAUUACCAGUCUGAUCCUCUGAAUCAACAGAAAGAAUGCUAUUGUCCAUCGGGUUUGGAACAGACCUCAAAACUAAUUCACCAGAGACUUGAGCAAUAAUUUUUGUGUGUGUAUACUGUAAAAAUAUUUAAAAUGACGGGUUGGCAAUAGGUAAAAUAAACCACAGUUAAGAUUGUAGUUAAAUUGUGGUUCAGUGUUGAAUUCUGUGAAAUCAAUUAAAAAUAAA